GGGCUGAGCGCGCGUACCGCGUUGGGGUGUGGGUAAUUCCUCGCGCUCAGUAGCAGUCGCUGUCCCGGAGGGCCGCGCCGGCGUUUGGACAGGCGGAGGCGGCAGGUGCUGUUUGGCGGGCUCCGGCUGCGCCUGUGAUAAUAGCGUGACUUGGGCAGUUACUUCCCCAACCCUGACCGUUCUGGAUGUGACGCUGGGGCGUGCUGGGCGUUUCCUUUCUCUCCCCGUGCGGUCCCUUCGGUGAGGAGGGUAGCGCCCGGCGGGAGUUGAGGUCUUGCGGUGUUCCACUUGGUGGACGGCGCCGUGUCGCAUCCUUGGUCAUGGUCACCUAGGCAGGGAAGGCUGGUGGGGGAGUGGGCGGAGGCUGGCUGGUGCCGAGGCAAACAAGCGCCAGGGCGCCGGGUCUCCCCACACGGCUGGAAAGGGCUGUAGUAGUAGGUGCUGCAGAAAAAGGGCCACCACAUUUGUCCCAGGAGCUGUGGCGCUUGCCUCUACACAGCAGGGCUGCUCCAGGUGCUCGUGUACCUCCGCUUUCCUGAGAGCUGGACCUUCAGGUGCCAAGGACAGGGCUGCAGGCCUGUCUGGAGUUCCCAGGGAUCUCCCACCAGACGGGGGACUCUCUCCUCCCCAUGGACCAGGACGGGCCGGUCUUGGUGGAGCACUCCCUACACCACUCACUGCAGCCUAGCAGAGCCCUGCCCCGAGGGCUCCUGGGACUGAGUCAAUCCUACCUUCACCGCUGAGAACCUUCAUCAGGGCUCUGCCCAGCCCGCUGUCCACCAGCCCUCUGGUGCCCACCACAGGCACCUGCCCAGCAGACAGGAGGUGUGGUGUGGUGCUGAGGAUACAUGGCUGAAGCUGGGACUGAAGAGCCAUCCUCUGGCUUGGAGGGCAAGGGAGAGACAGAGUGUGACACCCUGCUUUCCGACACAGUCUCCCUCAGUGACUCGGACUCUGACCUCAGCCUGCCCGGUGGUGCCGAGGUGGAGGUUCUGUCCCCAGAGGGACUUUCUGGGGAGGCCCAGGAGGACUCAGACCCCAGUGAGUCCCCAUCACCCCCCAGGGGCCUCCACAGGGCCACAGCGCAGCCCUUCUACCUGAGAGGCACAAGCUCCACCUUCUCACAGCGCAGCCAUGACAUCUUUGACUGCCUGGAGGGGGCAGCCAGGCGGGUGCCACCCUCUGUGGCCCACACCAGCCUGAGUGAUAGUGGGAGCUUCAGGCAGCCCCUGGCAACCUCAAGCCAUCCAUCAGUGGGAGACCUGGGUGGGGCCCAACGGAGGUUUGCUCCCUUGAGAGUGUCCCGUGUCCCCGACUAUGUGGCCCACCCUGAGCGCUGGACCAAGUACAGCCUGGGAGACGUGGCUGAGACCAGUGAGCAGAGCAAUCAGGCUGCUGCCCUGGAGUUCCUGGGGUCCCGGCACCAGGCUGUCUCUGCUCACUACGUACCCUCCUUCAACCAGGAUCCCUCCAGCUCUGGGGAAGGGAGAGUUGUCUUCACCAAACCAGCCCGAGGUGGUGAGGCCAGACCCGAGAGAAAGAGGGUCCUGAGAAAGGGGGCAGAGCCAGGCAGGGGCACUUCUGGAAAUGCUAGCCCUGCCAGCGGAGAGGGCCCUGUGGAGCUGGCCCAUUUGGCUGGGCCUGGGAGCCCUGAGGCCGAGGAGUGGAGCAGCCCCCUUGGGGGCCUGCAGGAGGUGGUGUCACCUGCCGGUGCGGUGGACAGUGAGUCAGUGCCCACCCUGCCACUGGUGGAGACUGUUGGCUUCCAUGGCAGCAAGAAGCGGAGUAGAAACCACUUCCGGAGCAAGGGCAGCACCUCUGAGGGCCCAGGCACUGAGAUCUGAGCCCCUGCUAUGGUCCUGCCCUCCCAGCUAGGCUGCCUGCAGGGCUAGGAUCAGAGGGACAGCUGGAGCUACUGCCCAGCUGGAGUGGACAGGUCCAUAGCCUUAGGGAGGAAGCCAGGGGUGGCCUCCAUCUUCAGUGGAGCAAAGACUUGGCUAAGACUCAGGGAGGUGCGGGGACACUGAGACCCUGUCUCCCUUGGUGUCUGGGCAGGAGGUACAAUAAAGGUUUUAGCGCUUCCUCAAA